AUGGCAUCGGUGACCGCAGCCACCACCACGAAAUCCCCCACGGCGGUUGCCGUGUCUCCGUUCAACCUCCAAACGUGCACGGCCCUAGUGUCAAGUGUCAUGUACAGAUCCCUGGCAAACGAAUACGCUAUCGCGUGUGCGGAAGACGUUCCCGAGCUCACAUCUGGUCAGCCGAACCAAGCACUGACACGCCUCGGCAAAUCCCCCAUCACCGAUGCCACAGUAGCCAAGAUGCUCGCGACGAAUGCCUGUCGAAUGUGGACAAACUGCGGCAACAAAUAA